UUCAUAAAGAAGAUCGCAUCUCUCUCUCUCUGCCAUUACAAUUCUAGACCUGGAAAACAGGAAAAACCCUAGGAAGGCAAAGUGAUCAUGAAGAGCAAGAAGCCAUUAAAGCAGCUCAAGCUCUCGGUUCCUGCUCAAGAAACCCCUAUUACCAACUUCCUGACGGCGAGCGGCACAUUUCAGGAUGGUGAUCUGCUCUUGAAUCAGAAAGGCUUGCGGCUGAUUUCUGAAGACAAGGAAAGCCGUCCCUCGGAUGCGAAAGAGCUCGAUUUCCAAUUCUCAUUGGAAGACCUUGAGACCAUCAAAGUUAUUGGAAAGGGUAGUGGUGGUGUCGUUCAACUUGUUCGCCACAAAUGGGUUGGAACAUUAUUUGCGCUGAAGGUCAUCCAGAUGAAUAUUCAAGAGGAUGUCCGAAAACAAAUAGUGCAGGAGCUAAAAAUAAAUCAAGCAUCACAGUGUUCACAUGUUGUGGUUUGUUACCAUUCUUUCUACCACAAUGGGGUGAUUUCUCUUGUGCUAGAAUACAUGGACCGGGGUUCCCUGGCAGAUGUACUCAAGCAAGUCAAAACAAUUCUUGAGCCAUAUCUUGCAGUAGUUUGUAAGCAGGUUUUACUAGGUCUUGUUUACUUGCACCAUGAAAGACAUGUAAUUCAUAGGGACAUAAAGCCAUCAAACUUACUGGUUAAUCAGAAAGGGCAAGUAAAGAUAACAGAUUUUGGAGUGAGUGCAAUGCUUGCCAGCUCGAUGGGUCAGCGGGAUACAUUUGUAGGAACUUACAACUACAUGGCGCCUGAGCGUAUUAGUGGAAGUACUUAUGAUUAUAGUAGUGAUAUUUGGAGUUUGGGCAUCGUAGUACUUGAAUGUGCUAUAGGGCGUUUCCCCUAUAUACAAUCUGAAGAGCACCAAAGCUGGCCGAGCUUUUAUGAGCUUUUGGAGGCCAUUGUGGAGAAACCACCGCCUUCUGCUCCUCCAGAUCAGUUCUCCCCAGAGUUCUGUGCAUUUAUAUCAUCCUGCAUACAAAAGGACCCUCGAGAUAGAAAGUCAUCUUUGGACCUUCUGAAUCAUCCAUUCAUCAAAAAGUUUGAGGACAAGGACAUUGAUCUUGGAAUUCUGGUGGGCAGCUUAGAACCUCCUGUAAACUUCCCCAGAUAAACAUUUUUGUUGAUUGUAAAACUUUUGGCCAUAUACAAUAUGUAAUAGUUGUUGCUUACAAUGAUGAUGAGACAUUUAGUUCAACUUUAUUCUACCUAGUAGUGAGAAGAUGUUUUCUUUUUAAAUACAGAAUAAAUAGAAAUAAAAA